UCUCUCUCUCUCUCUCUCUCUCUCCGCGCUCCUUAGAAAUAGACCUGCGGGGCAGAGAAGGGUGAGCAAGGCGGCACACUGCGGGGAAAUGAAACACGCUGCGGGUCCCGAAGCAGCAGCAGCAGCAGCAGCAGCAGCACCGGCACCGGCACCGGGCAGACCCGUUCACUUCGCCUCCGGUCUUCUCCUCUCUCAGCGGGACGUCGCGCGCCGUCCGGGAUCAUGUUGUUUCCCCCCGAGUUGUUAUCGGCUUAUUGGAUCGCAGCUGAGUGAAAGGGAAAGUCCACACGGGAUUUGAACAUACGCACUUGCCACCGUGUGAUGAAGUCUUCCACGCGGACUUGACGCCUGAAUAAACUCCCACGGAUUUUCAUCCCUCUUUUUUUCUCUUUUAUAAUCUCGGAUUAUUGCAUUUAAACGCAGAGAUAUGAUGAUUUUAUUUGCUAUUAGCCUGGCCGUGUUGUCAAAUGCAGGUCUGUCGGUGGAGGUGUUCCGCGCCGGCGUGGCUCCCCGCUGUGAGAGCCGGGCCUGCAACCCCCGCAUGGGUAACCUGGCCCUGGGUCGCCGGGUCCUGACGCAGACCGUCUGCGGCAACAACGGCACCGAGCUCUACUGCUCGUACCCCGACCCCAACGGCAACCGGGCCUGCGACGCCGCCACGUGCGCCAAGUGCAACGCCGGCCUGCCCCUCCUGUCCCACCUGGCCGGGGCCAUGUCGGACUCCUCCUUCCGCCACCCGAACACCUGGUGGCAGUCGGCCGAGGGGGUGGAGUCCGAGACGGCGCAGCUGGACCUGGAGGCGGAGUUCUUCUUCACGCACCUCAUCGUGGUGUUUCGCUCGCCGAGGCCGGCCGCCAUGACCUUGGAGCGCUCGCAGGACUUCGGGAGGUCGUGGAAGAUGCUGCAGUAUUACGCCGGCAACUGCAGCGCCGCCUUCGGGAUGGAGGAGGGGAAGGCGGGCGCGGGACGGGACGGGGCCGCCUGCACUGCCAAAUACUCCGGGGCUUUUCCCUGCAACCGUGGAGAGGUGAUCUACCGCACCCUCCCGAAGUGGGAGUCCCUGGAUCCGUUCGGGGUCGAGGGCCAGCAGCAGCUGAGGGUGACCAACAUCCGGAUCAGACUGCUGAGGCGGCAGUCGUGUCCCUGCCAAGCCAAAGACCACGAGCACGAGGCUCCUCCCACCCGCCACUUCGCCAUCUACGACCUGAUCGUGAAGGGGAGCUGCUUCUGCAACGGACACGCCGAGCAGUGCGUUCCCGCCCCGCGCUACCAGCCCAUCAGAGACCGCACCAACCACGUGGUCCAUGGGAAGUGUGUGUGCAGACACAACACUGCAGGUGAUCACUGCGAGCGCUGCACUCCGCUCUACAAUGACCGGCCCUGGCAGCCCGCCGACGGACUGACGGGCGCUCCACACGAAUGUCGGAAGUGCAAGUGUAACGGACACGCUCAGAGCUGCCGCUUCGACUGGGCGGCGUGGCGCGAGUCCGGCCAGCGCGGCGGAGGCGUUUGUGACUGUCUGCACAACACGGAGGGGCGUCAGUGCCAGAAAUGCAAAGCCGGCUUCUACAGAGACCCCCAGAGACCGCCGACGGCCCCCGACUCCUGCAAAUCAUGCAGCUGUCACCCCCUGGGCUCCAUGCCCUUCCACCUGGCCGAGGGCUCGCUCUGCGACCCCUCCAACGGAAAUUGCAUCUGCAAACCCGGAGUGGGCGGAUCCCACUGCGACAGGUGCAUGGUGGGAUACUGGGGCUUCCACGAGUACGGCUGCCGUCCGUGCGACUGCGCGGGAGACUGCGAUCCGUUUACCGGAGACUGCGUGUUUGGCUCCGACCUGGACCUGUACAACUUAGAGGGAAACUCCAGCGAGCCGGUGAGGAUCUUCAGAGCAGACGAACUCUUCUCUGCCCUCCACUACUCAGAGAAGUGUGAGUGCAAAGAGCAAGCCCUGACCAACAGUAAACUCUUCUGCACCAUGAAUUAUGCGUACGUCCUGAAGGUGAAGGUGCUGUCGGCCCACGACAAGGGCUCCCACGCCGAGGUGGAGGUCAAAGUUCAGAAGGUGCUCACUCAGAACACCAAGCUGAAGAUCCAGCGGGGUCGGGUCACCCUUUACCCCGAGUCCUGGACCGCGCGGGGCUGCACCUGCCCGAUCCUGAACCCAGGGUUGGAGUACCUCGUGGCGGGCCACUCGGACCGCAAGCAUGGCCGCCUCCUGGUCAACAUGAAGAGCUUCGUCAAGCCUUGGAAAGCCAGCUUGGGGCGCAAAGUCCUCACGCUCCUCAAGAGAGACUGCAACUGGUAGACGGACCGGUGGGCACACGGACAGCAAAGCCUCGGAUGUUCUCGUCCUCCAGGUGCGGAGUAUUGAAUCGCACACAUCUGGGAGCAGGUUUUUUUAAUUUUAUUUUGAAAGGCUGAACUGAGGUGAAACGAAAAGGCCCUUUUUUUUUUUUUUUUUAUUCCUCUGCCGUCGUCCAAUGGGGAGCCGGCGGCUAGAAGAAGCACGCGGGACUCGAGUGUUUUUAACACGUUUUUUUUUUCUUCUUCUGCUGCUGCUCCUCAAGAUAAUUGAGGAUUUCCAGCGCUUUGGCCGAGCGCUUCCUCUUCCCUCUGGACCCGUCGACGUACAUUAAAACUGAAUCUCUUCCUCUCUGCAGCACUUUAGCCUAAGAUGGAGCGAGGAACUAAUGUGCAAAAGCACCCCGAGCGAACAAGCCAUACGAGCCACUAAAGGUGGUUAAAUCUUAGCCAGUCCAGGUGUGCCUGUGUUGAAAUGGGAGUGAAUGGAUCUUUAACCCUAACGUAAAUGUAUUUGCCUGUGUGUGUGUGUGUGUGUGUGUGUGUGUGUGUGUGUGUGUGUGUUUUGAAUGCAGAGCUAAAUUACGAGCACAGUCCAGAUUCAGUCCAGCUCUUUUUCUGUAGCUUCGUUCCAAUGUUCACGAUUCAUCUCGUAUUACACUAAAUUCAGAAAAUCCUUGUUAUUCCUACCUUUUUUGUGCUCUUGUACAGUAUUAUUUGUAUAUAUCUAUAUAAAUAUUAUGUUCAUCUCC